GAACGUUUGAAUUCACGAAUAUUAUUGCAUGUUUUGAUCCGCAAAUACGAACUUCGCCAUCAACGUAAUUGUUUCGACUCCGUAGUAAAAGCUACAAGAUAGAAGCGAUCGCUCAGCAGACCGUGCGAACUUUCCUUGAAUAAGUGGACCGUGGGGUUUUUGAGCCAUAAGCCAAGACGUGAAUUGGAAUCUCCGCUCAGCAAAAUAAAUCCCUACCUUUUAUUUCCCUCGAAUCAACAACCCAAAAUCAACGCCCAAAGUCAACACCCAGAAUCAACACUCAACAUCGUCAACCAUGAGUGAAGAAGAAACUGCUCAAACCUACCCCGUGGUAGCUGAUAAUGCUAUCAACAGACACAAAGAAAGAGGUUUGUCAGCCUAAAAAUCCCUAUGAUACUCCUGCUAAUGAUUCUAUCUUUAGGCAAUUAUGAUGUCGAAACUGUCCACUCCAUCUUUAAUUCGACACCCGUUGCACACGUCUCUUUUAUUCCUGACCCCACCAACCCUGCGCCUGUAGUUCUACCCAUGAUUGCACGCGUCGGUCAAUUUCCCGGUGACGAAAACCCCGCUUGUUACGUCCAUGGUUACGUAUCUACGCGACUUUUCAAAGUUGGCCAAAAGACUGGUCAAUCUGAUGGAAUCCCCAUGUGUAUUGCCGCGACCAAAGUCGUAAAUCUUGUCCUCGCUCUUACACCCUUCAAUCACAGCUACGAUUAUCGUUCUGCUAUUAUUCAUGGUCGAGCUACUCUUCUCGAUCCGAAUGAAAAUACCGAGGAGAACAUUUGGGCAAUGAAACUCAUCACCGAUGGUAUCGUACCAGAACGAUGGGACAAUUCCCGUGUUCCACCAGACAAGGGUGAAAUUACAUCUACACGAAUCUUGAAGGUUCAUAUCGAGAGUGCGAGUGCCAAGAUUCGUGAUUCCGGUGUAAAGGAUGAUAAGAAGGAUUUGAAUAAUCCAGAAGUCAGAGGCAAAAUAUGGACCGGGGUCAUCCCGUAUGUUGAAACCCUUGGAACACCAAUACCAAAUGAGACGAACAUGGUCACGACUGUUCCUGCAUACAUUACAGAACAUAUCAAAGAACACAAUAAGAAAGCCGGAGGUGGAGAGGCAGGAAAUAGUUUCGUCUCUAGGGUUGUGGGAUCUAUGUUUGGAGCUUGAGGGGGUUUUGAGAUAUUAGCUUUAGUGUAAACUCUAAAUUGACUACCGGGAUAGGUUAACAAUGAAUUACUUGCUCCACUUUACUUUACGUUACCUUACCUUACUUAUCCACUCAUAUUCGUAUGUAUGUACUAAUCCAAGCCGGACCGG